UUUUAUUAAAUGAAAUCAUUUAUAACCCGCUUACCCACAAUUCUCCUUCCUCUUCCCUAGCUGACUCGCCGCCAUGAAGGUCGAGCUGUGUAGUUUCAGUGGGUAUAAAAUCUACCCCGGCCACGGCCGGCGGUACGCCAGGAUCGACGGAAAGGUUUUCCAGUUUCUGAACGCAAAAUGCGAGUCGGCUUUCCUGUCUAAGAGAAACCCGCGACAGAUCAACUGGACCGUUCUGUACAGACGCAAACACAAGAAGGGCCAAUCUGAAGAGGUGUCUAAGAAGCGCACGCGUCGUGCGGUGAAGUUUCAGAGAGCCAUCACUGGAGCCUCACUGGCUGAGAUUCUGGCCAAGAGAAACCAGAAGCCUGAAGUGCGUAAAGCCCAGAGGGAACAAGCCAUCAGGGCUGCCAAGGAGGCUAAGAAAGCAAAGCAAGCAACCAAGAAGGUUUCUACGCAGAGCGCUAAGGCCCCUUCCAAGGCUGCACCCAAACAGAAAAUUGCCAAGCCCAUGAAGGUCAACGCUCCACGCGUUGGUGGAAAACGCUGAGAAUAAUGUUUUGGUGUUUGGCUCAUUAAUAAAGGUUUUCAGUUUCAAUCUA